AUGGUUCAAGCUAGUGUCUACAGAAAGAGGACUUGCACCGUUGAUGCUGUUUUCCCCAGAAGCUCCAAAUCGUCGACUUUAGAUCCAGUAAGAGACGUUUUGAAAGUUGUUUACGACGUGUAUGAGUCUCAGUGGAUAGACACUGGAUAUCCUUUGGUCAACUACGUCCUUUUACAUGGCAGUGGGAUGAGUCGCAAAGUAUGGGAGUACUACGUCGACAAACUAACUUUACCAGACAACAAGAAUGGCUGUAAAAUAGGUAAGAUAAUCCUCAUCGAUCAAGUAAACCACGGUGACUCCGCGGUACUUAAUGCCAAUUUGUUAGGUACCAUUUACGACUGGAGUGACGGUGCAAGAGAUGUGUGUAAAGUCUGCAUGGAGGAGUUUUACAAUUUAUCUCGGAAAAGUGACGUUUUCAAUGUGGUUAUAGGACAUUCGAUGGGUGGGUUUCAAGCAUUGAGUUGUGGUGUGCUGUUCCCUGGUCUUUUCGAUUUUGUUCAGUGCAUCGAGCCUGUGGUAUGGAUGAAGCGGAUUCGAAAUGCUAAAGAUGACAAUAUCAGCACCAUCUCACCCAGUUUCUACCAGGCCUUGACUCGAUCCAUGACCGAUGAGUUUGCCAGUGAGAACGACUUUAACAAGUUCUUUGACCAGUCCAGCCUGUAUGCCAACAGUACACCUGCGAUCAGAAAGCUCAUUCGAGAAUUUGAGCUAAUAGAAGAGCCGGAUAGCCAUUACAGAACCAAAACGAGUGCUAAGCAACAUAUGCUGACGUACCUCACUUUGAAUCCAACUGCUACAUGGCUGAUGAGUUCUUUACCGUUUUUGACCUCGCCAGUUCUUUGUAUUUAUGGGAACAAGUCCAAAUGGUGUCCUCCAGAAAAUAGGAACUACUUGCGAAGCCAUAUUCAGCAUUAUCAGGAAGUUGAAGUUGACGGAGGACAUUUGAUCAACAUCGAAGCUCCUGAUCCCUUGAUUGCUAGGAUAAACAUGGAGGUUGAAGGCCGAAUUGUGAAUUUGACUCCAAAGGUGGAACUGGACGACACUGGUCGGAGCAACAAGUUUGAAAGCGACUACAAAAGUCUUUUGAAACAACGUAUUUUGAAAGGUACACCGAAACUUUGA